UAAAGGUUCAAGUGUCCUAAAAAAUACAGAAAAAAAAAACUAAUUAUGUGAUGAAAAACAUUAUGGCUACUGAAUUAGAUUUUAAGGAUUUCGAGAAAAUUUGUCGGGUAUGCACACGGUUAGCAGAAAAAUUAACAUCAAUUAUGUUAUACAAUAUAAUUGAUAUGAUAAAGGCUUGUACUUCUGUAAAAAUUAUUCAAAACGAUGAAUUACCGCAUCAAGUUUGUGAGAUAUGUUUAGCUCGGUUACAAAACGCAUUCAAUUUUAAAGAACUAUGUGAAAAUUCUGAUUAUGAACUACGACAAAUCUAUAUAAAGAAACGACAAAAAGAGGAAAUUACUAUUGAAGAUGUAAAACUUGAAUCAUACGAAUGUAAAUCUGAAACAUCUGAAUUGUUAACGGAACAAAAUGAAAGUAAAUGGUUUGAGGACAAACCAGAGCCAGAAGAUCAACAAAAUGAUUUAGAAGACUACGACGAAAUGGUAGAAAGUAAAGGAGAUAACGAUACAACCGAUAGUGAAAAUGAAUGUUUAAGUAAACGAAUAGAACGUUCUAAAAGGAAACUUGAAAAGACUGAAAAAUAUAAUUGUGAAUUAUGUAAGCAUACAUUUGAUGGUGUAUGGCGAUUAGGCGUUCAUAUGAAACGUAUCCAUAACGCCGAAGGAAAACAAUGUACGAAAUGUUCUCUGAUCUGCUAUCAUGAGCUACAUUUAGAAGCGCAUGAACGCACUCAUAUAGAUAAAAAAUUUACGUGUGAUAUUUGUAACAAGAAUUUCGCAAAUUCGCGUAAAUUAAAGAAACAUAAAAUUGCUCAUUCAACCGAUCGGCCGUAUCAUUGCACUCAGUGUGAUAAGUCAUUUAAAGAGAAAUGUGUACUGACACAGCAUGUUAAAAGAAUUCACAUAAAUCCUGAUCCACAUGAAGUAUGUCAAAUUUGUGGAAAAUCCGUGGGGAAGGCAUCACUCGAACGACAUUUAACCAUACACGAUAAACGAUUAAUGUAUCCGUGCACGGAAUGUCCGAAAAAAUUCUUCAAGGAAAUAUCGUUAACGAAACAUGUUCGUCGUGUACAUCAGAACGAAGCGUUGCGAUACAUGUACCUGUGUAAUAUUUGUGGUCGCGGUUUAUUGUCCAAAGCUGAGUUACGUCGACAUUUAUGUACACAUACGGGCGAAAAACCGUUUGAAUGUACGAAUUGUGAUAAACGAUACAAUGAUCGGGGUGCUUUACGCAGGCAUAUUAAAUCGGCACACUUAGAUGAACGACCUUUUUCGUGUACUGUGUGUUCAAGGGCGUUUCAUACGAAACUUAUUUUACAGAAUCAUAUGCGUAGGCAUACGGGUGAGAGACCGUUUCCAUGUUUAGUUUGUGGGAAGUCGUUUGGUUUUAAAACUGUUUUACAGACACAUAUGAAAGUUCAUUCUUCGUAAUUUAAUGAAAAUCUGUGGAUUGGACAUCAAACGGUAACAUUCAGGUUCUGAUCUAGACGGGGGGGGGCGAACUUUAUUUUUAAGAAUUGACAUAUGCAAAUAUGGAAUCUGUUAACACGUUUAACGCUUUACGUGAUAGUGAAACGGAGACUUUUCUCUUUUGAUUUUGAUUAAUAGUAAAAGUACUGCUCGUAAGAAACUCGCGCUG